AUUAAUUCACAAGAGAUUUAAGAAGACGAUUAUCAGCGCAAGGGGCGGGGGCGUGACAGUAGCUACAAAACGACUUUUGGGUCAGUUGCCAAUCUCAGCGCAAUCAUACUCAGCCUCUCCAUAUUUAGACUUAACGCUCUUCUCUUAUGACGACAAAUGGGUAUCUGUGAUGGAACGCCCAAAGAACUGCGCAGAUCAUCCCAUCAGGUUUUAUGGUCGUGACUCCGGCCUCAUCAAGUUCAGUAUUCAUGCUGGACGCGGCAGUCUCUUUGGAUCUUCAACUUCCUUAUCGUCCACUAGAAGCCUUGUGGCCUUUACCUUUCAUCCAGCUGAUCCAUUUACCAUAUCUCUGUCCAGCGAGCAAAUGCAGAUUAUGUUGUGA